AUGUAGGAAUGGUAUAUAAAUAGAAACUGAAAGAAGAUGGGAGUUUUAUAUAUGUAAUGUAAUACAAAGCUCAAAAGAAGUAUAAGUUUAUUGUAUUGUUGGGUGUUUUUUUUGUAUGUUUUUACGUGGAGUGGUACAAUCCAGGGCAGUAGCAGUAGGAACAAGCACAAAUAAUAUAAGUGUUGUUGGUAGAGCUUUCUCAAGAAGCUACUCCUACACCUUGUACCGGAAUAGAAUCGUUGGUGGUGGAAGAAGAAGGCGGCAGCAACAACAACAACAACAAGAACAGCUACAGACGAUAAGAAUGGCGUCGGGCGGCGACAAAUUUCCGGCACAGAGGCAGCAAGCUCAGCCUGGGAAAGAGCAUGCCAUGGAUCCUAUUCCUCAAGCUCUUCGCCAAGACUAUAGACCCGCCAACAAGCUCCAGGGGAAAGUGGCUCUAGUGACAGGAGGAGACUCAGGGAUAGGAAGAGCAGUGUGCCAGUGUUUUGCACUGGAAGGUGCAACUGUAGCUUUUACAUAUGUAAAGGGUCAAGAAGACAAAGAUGCUCAUGACACCCUUCAAAUGAUCAAGAGUAACAAAAGCUCCGAUGCCAAGGAUCCUAUCGCGAUUCCGGCUGAUCUGGGGUACGACGAGAACUGUAAGAGGGUCAUCGAUGAAGUGGCCAAUGCUUUUGGACGUAUAGAUAUCUUGGUCAAUAACUGUGCUGAGCAGUAUGAGUGUACUACUGUGGAGGAGAUUGAUGAGCCCAGGCUUGAUAGGGUGUUUAGGACUAACAUCUACUCUUACUUCUUCAUGACAAGGCAUGCACUGAAGCAUAUGAGGGAAGGGGCUAGCAUCAUCAACACUACAUCAGUGAAUGCAUACAAGGGAAAUGCCAAGUUGCUCGAUUACACCUCCACCAAAGGUGCAAUAGUGGCAUUCACCAGAGGACUAGCUUUGCAGCUUGUGCAGAAGGGCAUCCGUGUCAACGGAGUCGCCCCAGGACCCAUUUGGACUCCACUAAUUCCAGCCUCCUUCAAGGAGGAUGAAGUCAAAAGUUUCGGUGGUCAAGUGCCUAUGAACAGGGCUGGGCAACCUAGCGAGGUUGCGCCUUCGUUUGUUUUCCUUGCUUGUAAUGCUGACUCGUCUUACAUAACUGGGCAGGUCCUUCAUCCCAAUGGUGGGACUAUAGUGAAUGCUUAGAAGGGUCUGUAAGAUGGUGGAUGGUGUUUUUUGCUGCUUCUGAGCUGUUUUUUGGUUUUUGGGUUUCUGUAAUACAGAAGGUUUAUAUCGUAGCAGUACUUAUGAAGAUGGUGGAAAGUCAGGAAUGUAGUGAGUCCUUUUUGUUA